AUGGUUUUCAUUCAUGGGAUCUUGAACAUUCUAGUUCCCCCUUUAGGCCUAGUUUUGCUGCUCUCCAUUUUACCAUCAUAUCUGUUAUUCAAGUUUCUCUACUUUGUCGUAAGAUCAGUGUUUAGUGAGAACGUAGCAGGAAAAGUAAUACUAAUCACUGGAGCAUCCUCAGGCAUAGGCGAGCAUCUAGCAUAUGAGUAUGGUAGAAGAGGAGCACGUCUUGCUCUUGUUGCCAGAAGAGAGAAUCGACUUAAGGAGGUUGCUAGCAAAGCCAUGUUGCUUGGAUCCCCUGAUGUGAUUACCAUCCCUGCAGAUGUUUCAAUAGUCCAAGAUUGCAAACGAUUCGUUGACUCAACACUCAACCACUUUGGACGAUUGGAUCAUCUGGUGAACAAUGCAGGAAUAGUUCCUCUGUGCUUGUUUGAACACUCCACUGAUAUCACUAAUUUUGCACCCGCAAUGGACAUUAACUUCUGGGGUUCAGCGUACUGCACUUAUUUUUCAAUCCCACACCUCAGAAAAUGCAAAGGUAAGAUCGUAGUCAUAGCUUCUGCUGCUGGAUGGUUGCCUGCGCCAAGAAUGAUCUUUUACAAUGCGAGCAAAGCAGCAGUGAUAAGCUUUUAUGAGAAUCUGAGAACGGAAUUGGGAAGGGACAUAGGAAUAACUAUAGUAACUCCAGGGUUGGUUGAGUCAGAAAUGACCCAAGGGAAGUUCCUAUCCAAGGAUGGCCGAAUGGUUCUUGACCAAGAAAUGAGAGAUGUUCAAGUUAGUUUAAUGCCCAUAAGAUCAGUGACAGAAGCUGUCAAAGCAAUAGUGAAUAGCGCUUGCCGUGGAGACUCGUACUUGACCGAACCAGCAUGGGUUAGGACGACGUUCUAUUGGAAGAUAUUUUGCCCUCAAGUAUUAGAGUUAUGGAACCGCUGGCUACUAAUCUCGGGGUCUUCAGAGAGAGAUACAAUUAGCAAGAAGCUACUUGAUCUAACAAGCUUGAAGAAAUAUCUGUAUCCCGAAUCAGUCAGAAAUCCCAAGCUCAAACCCAACUAA